CGCGCCGAAUCGGGUUAACUGUCCUCAGUCAGGUCCGCAGAUUUGCUUUAUAAGAGCAGACUCAAACGUGUGACUGGUACAUUCUCUCCAGUCAAACCAGAGCGAUCAUGUCAGGCAGAGGCAAAGGCGGCAAAGGGCUCGGUAAAGGCGGUGCAAAGCGUCAUCGCAAAGUCCUCCGAGACAACAUCCAGGGCAUAACUAAGCCCGCCAUCCGUCGUCUGGCCCGUCGUGGUGGUGUCAAGCGUAUAUCCGGUCUCAUCUACGAAGAGACCCGUGGUGUGCUCAAAGUGUUUCUGGAGAACGUCAUCCGCGAUGCCGUCACCUACACUGAGCACGCCAAAAGGAAGACAGUCACUGCCAUGGACGUUGUGUAUGCCCUGAAGAGACAGGGACGCACACUCUACGGCUUCGGCGGAUAAACUCUCCUAUCCGGCACAACAACCAAAGGUCCUUUUAAGGGCCGCAUACUUUCACUCUUAGAGUUUAAUUUCCUGCAUUGUCUGUCACGCGUGUAGAUAUGCUGCCUUUGAUCGACUGUCUGUAUGUUUUUUUGUAAAACUGAUUGAGGCGACGAAAGCUGUCGGAAAACACUACCUAAAUAAAUUGCUAUU